GAGGGAGAUGAGGAGAUAGGUGGGAGCGAGGGAGCGAGGGAGGGAGCGAAGGAGGUAGAGAAGAGCGGAGGAGAGGGGAGGGAGCGCAGCUUGGUUGCUCCGUAGUACGGCGGCUCGCGAGGGAGAAUCCCGAGCGGGCUCCGGGACGCACGGGCCGGCGGGCAGGCGGGCGGGGAUGGUGUGCGGGGCUGCGGCUCCUGCGUCCCUCCCCGCGGCGAGUCAGCUGCACUGAUUUGUCCCUGGGGCUGCAGCGCGGACCCGCCUGGAGAUGAGGCGUCGAUUAGCAAGGUAAAAGUGACAGAACCAUGGCUCAGUUUCCAACACCUUUUGGAGGCAGCCUGGAUAUUUGGGCCAUUACUGUAGAGGAAAGAGCGAAGCAUGAUCAACAGUUCCAUAGUUUAAAGCCAAUAUCUGGAUUUAUUACUGGUGAUCAAGCUAGAAACUUUUUUUUUCAGUCUGGGUUACCUCAACCUGUUUUAGCACAGAUAUGGGCGCUAGCUGAUAUGAACAAUGACGGACGAAUGGAUCAAGUCGAGUUUUCCAUAGCUAUGAAACUCAUCAAACUCAAGCUGCAAGGGUAUCAACUCCCUUCCUCACUUCCCCCUGUCAUGAAACAGCAACCCGUUGCUAUUUCUAGCACACCAGCCUUUGGAAUAGGAGGUAUCGCCAGCAUGCCGCCACUCACAGCUGUCGCUCCAGUGCCAAUGGGAUCCAUUCCAGUUGUGGGAAUGUCUCCACCUCUAGUAUCUUCUGUUCCUACAGCAGCAGUGCCUCCCCUGGCCAACGGGGCUCCCCCUGUCAUACAGCCUCUGCCCGCAUUUGCUCAUCCUGCAGCCACAUUGCCAAAGAGCUCUUCCUUUAGUAGAUCUGGUCCCGGGUCACAGCUAAACACUAAAUUACAGAAGGCACAGUCAUUCGAUGUGGCUAGUGUCCCUCCUGCGGCAGAGUGGGCUGUCCCGCAGUCGUCCAGACUGAAAUACAGACAGUUAUUCAAUAGUCAUGACAAAACUAUGAGUGGACACUUAACAGGUCCCCAAGCAAGAACUAUUCUUAUGCAAUCAAGUUUGCCACAGGCUCAGCUCGCUUCAAUAUGGAAUCUUUCUGACAUUGAUCAAGAUGGAAAACUCACAGCAGAAGAGUUCAUUUUGGCCAUGCACCUCAUCGAUGUGGCAAUGUCUGGCCAACCACUGCCACCUGUCCUGCCUCCGGAGUACAUUCCACCUUCCUUUAGACGAGUUCGAUCUGGCAGCGGUGUAUCUGUCAUCAGCUCAACGGCAGCGGAUCAGAGGUUACCCGAGGAACCAGUUUUAGAAGAUGAACAGCAGCAACUAGAAAAGAAAUUACCUGUAACCUUCGAAGAUAAGAAGCGUGAGAAUUUCGAACGUGGCAAUCUGGAGCUGGAGAAGCGGAGACAGGCGCUCUUGGAGCAGCAGCGCAAGGAGCAGGAGCGCCUGGCGCAGCUGGAGCGCGCGGAGCAGGAGCGCAAAGAGCGGGAGCGUCAGGAGCAGGAGCGCAAGCGGCAGCUGGAGCUGGAGAAGCAGCUGGAGAAGCAGCGGGAACUAGAGCGUCAGAGAGAGGAGGAGAGGAGGAAAGAAAUCGAGAGACGAGAGGCUGCAAAGCGAGAACUUGAAAGGCAACGACAGCUUGAAUGGGAACGGAAUCGAAGACAAGAACUACUCAAUCAAAGGAACAAAGAGCAAGAGGACAUAGUUGUACUGAAAGCCAAGAAAAAGACUCUGGAAUUUGAAUUAGAAGCUCUAAAUGAUAAAAAGCAUCAACUAGAAGGAAAACUUCAAGACAUCCGGUGUCGACUGACCACGCAAAGGCAAGAAAUUGAGAGUACAAACAAAUCCAGAGAGUUGAGAAUUGCUGAAAUCACACACCUGCAGCAACAAUUACAGGAGGCUCAGCAAAUGCUCGGAAGACUUAUUCCAGAAAAACAGAUACUCAAUGACCAACUCAAGCAAGUUCAGCAAAACAGUUUGCACAGAGAUUCACUUCUGACACUCAAAAGGGCGUUAGAAGUAAAAGAACUUGCUCGCCAGCAGCUACGAGACCAACUGGAUGAAGUUGAGAAAGAAACAAGAUCAAAACUACAGGAAAUUGAUAUUUUCAAUAAUCAGCUGAAGGAACUAAGAGAAAUCCAUAAUAAGCAACAGCUCCAGAAACAGAAGUCCAUAGAGGCUGAACGUUUGAAACAGAAAGAACAAGAGCGAAAAAUCAUAGAAUUAGAAAAACAAAAAGAAGAAGCCCAAAGGCGAGCGCCGGAGCGGGACAAGCCGUGGACGGAGCAUGCGCAGCCGGACGACGACCACCCGCGGCCGCGGAAGAGCCACGAGGAGGAGAAACCGCGCAGGGAGGAGAGUGUCAAGAAGAAGGACGGGGAGGAGAAAAGCAAGCCUGACGCGCAAGACAAGACGAGCCGGCUCUUCCACCCGCACCCGGAGCCGGCCAAGCCCGCUGUCCAGGCGCCCUGGUCCUCCACAGAAAAAGGCCCACUUACCAUUUCUGCACAGGAGAACGUAAAGGUGGUGUAUUACCGAGCACUCUAUCCCUUCGAAUCCAGAAGUCACGAUGAGAUCACGAUCCAGCCUGGAGACAUAGUAAUGGUUAAAGGGGAAUGGGUGGAUGAGAGCCAAACUGGAGAACCGGGCUGGCUUGGAGGAGAACUAAAAGGAAAGACAGGAUGGUUCCCUGCAAACUAUGCAGAGAAAAUCCCAGAAAACGAGGUUCCCGCUCCAGUCAAACCCGGGCCUGACCCGACCUCCGCCCCCACCCCCGCGCUGGCCGUGCGCGAGCCCCCAGCUCCUGUGGCAGUGACCGCUCCGGAGCCCUCCACGACCCCCAACAACUGGGCUGACUUCAGCUCCACGUGGCCCACCAGCACGAACGAGAAGCCAGAGACAGACAACUGGGACGCGUGGGCCGCCCAGCCCUCACUCACUGUCCCAAGUGCCGGCCAGCUAAGGCAGAGAUCAGCAUUUACUCCAGCCACGGCCACUGGCUCGUCUCCGUCUCCUGUUUUGGGCCAGGGCGAGAAGGUGGAGGGACUACAGGCCCAAGCGCUGUAUCCUUGGAGAGCCAAAAAAGACAACCACUUAAAUUUUAACAAAAAUGAUGUCAUCACCGUCCUGGAACAGCAAGACAUGUGGUGGUUUGGAGAAGUUCAAGGUCAGAAGGGUUGGUUCCCCAAGUCUUACGUGAAACUCAUUUCAGGGCCCAUAAGGAAAUCUACAAGCAUGGAUUCUGGUUCUUCAGAAAGUCCCGCUAGUCUGAAGAGAGUAGCGUCACCAGCAGCCAAGCCAGCUGUUUCUGGAGAAGAAUUUAUUGCCAUGUACACUUACGAGAGUUCUGAGCAAGGCGAUUUAACCUUUCAGCAAGGGGAUGUGAUUUUGGUUACCAAGAAAGAUGGUGACUGGUGGACAGGAACAGUGGGCGACAAGUCCGGAGUCUUCCCUUCUAACUAUGUGAGGCUUAAGGACUCAGAGGGCUCUGGAACUGCUGGGAAAACAGGGAGUUUAGGAAAAAAACCUGAAAUCGCACAGGUGAUCGCCUGCUACACGGCCACCGGCCCUGAGCAGCUCACUCUGGCCCCUGGUCAGCUGAUUCUGAUCCGGAAAAAGAACCCAGGCGGUUGGUGGGAAGGAGAGCUGCAAGCACGUGGGAAGAAGCGCCAGAUAGGCUGGUUCCCUGCUAAUUACGUAAAACUUCUAAGCCCCGGGACGAGCAAAAUCACUCCAACGGAGCCCCCGAAGCCGACAGCGCUCCCGGCAGUGUGCCAGGUCAUCGGCGUGUAUGACUACAGCGCCCAGAAUGACGACGAGCUGGCCUUCAGCAAGGGCCAGAUCAUCAAUGUCCUCAACAAGGACGACCCCGACUGGUGGAGAGGGGAGGUCAGCGGCCAGGUGGGGCUCUUCCCCUCCAACUACGUGAAGCUGACCGCGGACACGGACCCAAGCCAGCAAUGGUGUUCAGACCUACACCUCUUGGAUAUGUUGACUCCAACCGAGAGAAAGAGACAAGGAUACAUCCAUGAACUCAUUGUCACAGAGGAGAACUAUGUCAAUGACCUGCAGCUGGUCACGGAGAUCUUUCAGAAACCCCUGAUGGAGUCUGAGCUGCUGACAGAGAAAGAGGGUGCUAUGGUUUUUGUUAACUGGAAGGAGCUGAUUAUGUGUAAUAUCAAACUACUGAAAGCGCUGAGGGUCCGCAAGAAGAUGUCAGGGGAGAAGAUGCCCGUGAAGAUGAUCGGCGACAUCCUGACCGCCCAGCUGCCGCACAUGCAGCCUUACAUCCGGUUCUGCAGCUGUCAGCUCAACGGGGCUGCCCUGAUCCAGCAGAAGACGGACGAGGCCCCAGACUUCAAGGAGUUUGUCAAAAGGCUGGCAAUGGACCCUCGAUGUAAAGGGAUGCCACUCUCUAGUUUCAUACUGAAGCCUAUGCAACGGGUAACAAGAUACCCACUGAUCAUUAAAAAUAUCCUGGAAAACACCCCCGAAAACCAUCCCGACCACAGCCACUUGAAGCACGCCCUGGAGAAAGCAGAAGAGCUGUGCUCGCAGGUGAACGAAGGGGUGCGGGAGAAGGAGAACUCGGACCGGCUGGAGUGGAUCCAGGCGCAUGUGCAGUGUGAAGGCCUGUCUGAGCAACUUGUGUUCAACUCAGUGACCAACUGCUUGGGGCCCCGCAAGUUUCUGCACAGCGGGAAGCUCUACAAGGCCAAGAGCAACAAGGAGCUGUACGGCUUCCUCUUCAACGACUUCCUCCUGCUGACCCAGAUCAUAAAACCCCUGGGCUCUUCCGGCUCCGACAAGGUCUUCAGUCCCAAAUCUCACCUGCUGUAUAAAAUGUACAAAACACCUAUUUUCCUGAAUGAGGUUCUAGUAAAACUGCCCACGGACCCUUCUGGAGAUGAGCCCAUCUUCCACAUUUCCCACAUCGACCGCGUCUACACCCUCCGAGCCGAAAGCAUAAAUGAAAGGACGGCCUGGGUGCAGAAAAUCAAGGCUGCUUCAGAACUCUAUAUAGAGACUGAGAAAAAGAAACGGGAGAAGGCGUACCUGGUCCGCUCCCAAAGGGCCACAGGUAUCGGAAGGCUGAUGGUGAAUGUUGUUGAAGGCAUUGAGCUGAAGCCCUGUCGGUCACACGGAAAGAGUAACCCGUACUGUGAGGUGACCAUGGGCUCCCAGUGUCACAUCACCAAGACCAUCCAGGACACUCUGAAUCCCAAGUGGAAUUCCAACUGCCAGUUCUUCAUCAAAGACCUGGAGCAGGAAGUCCUGUGUAUCACCGUGUUUGAGAGGGACCAGUUCUCUCCAGACGAUUUUUUGGGUCGGACAGAGAUCCGUGUGGCCGACAUCAAGAAGGACCAGGGUUCCAAGGGCCCAGUUACAAAGUGUCUCCUGCUGCACGAAGUUCCCACAGGAGAGAUUGUGGUCCGCUUGGACCUACAGUUGUUUGAUGAGCCAUAGGGAGUGGGCCCAGCAUGGUGCUUGGCCGACUUCCAGCCCGCGGCGGCAGGUGCAAUCUGGAAAUGGUGUGGCUUCCCUAAAACCACCGUUUGACAUUCAGCCACAGGGCAAAGGGACAGUGAAGACAGGCCCCUCAAAACUUCUAGGAAUAGUUCUUGACAAUCUUUCCCCGCACCCCAAACAAUUUCCCAUUUUAUGAAACAAAAACAAAAUGUCUUCCUUUGUCCUCACUGCUGGUCUCAUCGUGGCUUCUAGGAGCUUUGAAAUCCCAGAGCCCCCAGCUAGAUACGGUUGGGAGUUGGGCCCAUCCCUGGGCCUGAGGUGUGGGUCUGGUUACUGUACAAUAGAUUUAUAAAUGCAAUGUCUGUAUUUUUGGAGAACUCAUGUAACGCUCCUAUUUCUUAUCUCCACCGGUCCCUGAAUAGGCCCGUUGAUCUAUAACGCCUGGUCCUUUGUGUAUUUAGAAAUUAUUAUGAAGGUCCUGUGGCUGCCCCAGAGUCUUGUUUCCCCGCUGGGACCUUGUUUGAAAUGCUGCCCUGAAUACGAUCACUCGGGGAGAUGGUCUCCUGAUCAGAGAGCGUGCUAGCUCUUUGAAAAGCUGGUCCAUGGACGAUUCUAGCAGGUGCACUGUUAGAGCCAUUCCAGUCCCCUCCAGGUCUUUUAUUGAUAGAUGUCAAUGAAAACUAUCACUAGCUACUAUCAGGUGAUUCCAUUUUGAUUUCCAGCACGUUUGGAAGAUGGCUAAGGAGGCGUGUUAUCUACAAAGUUCGACUCUGCUGGAUUAGAUCACCGCAGGUCCUCUGAAAGGCUUCUUUACGAUGCCACUGGGUCCUGGUUGCCAGCCCAGCUAGAAAGUUCUCUUUGGCUUGGAGAUCCUGUGGUGUUUCAUGAGAAGAGUAAUCGCCGCUGACCAGCUCUGAGCCUGUUUUUGCGGGAGUGUGCUGAAUCCUGGUUGUCAUGGGGAAUUCCAGCAGCCGUCUUUGCUAUGUUCCCAAGAAAGACGUCCCCAAGACGCGAAGAAGAAAAGUGACAAUCCGGAAGUGGGGUGGAGGAAGGUGAAGGAACUUUGUUAUGUGGUGUGGGGAGAAGCUCGAGGAGCACCCAAGCCUCACAGAUCAAGGGAGGAAGACCCAAGACUCUCUCCCCUCCUCUCCCACACACAACCAAUCUCUCAGUAAUGGAAAUACAUGUGCUUGUUGCCAGAGUCGGGAGUGUAUGACCAUGUGCCAAACUGUUUGGUUUGAGUUCUUUGAUUUUUUUCCCCCUUCAAUGCCAGGAGAUAGGCUGGUUAACUAGAUAAUAGCUUGAUUUGCUAAUGAAGAGUGUGGGUUGUAUUUUGUUCGCAUGUGAAUGUCCUCCUAAUCCCAGUGUGUCGUGGUCAUGAAAUGUUCUUUGCAUGUUCUCUUGGUACUGGAGUCUAGUUUUCCUGUGUUAGAUGGUGUUCUCUUUGACUGUAGGUUUUUAGAAUUUAACUAGGGUCGUAGAAGUGCUUUAUAAAGGGUAGCGUCAACAUAGUGGCCAACUCUCCACUUUGCUGGGAAUGGAAUGCAUAGUGUCGUAAUUUCCCAUAAGAGCCUGUCAUAUUCCAAGCAAUUUUUAAUAGUGUGUGUGUUAGAGAGGGCAACAAAGUUUACAUUUCAUACUUUUAAGAAACACUUUAUUAUUUAUUUAUUGAAGAUAGUGUAGAAUUUUGUAUCGAGAACAACAGACAAGUAUUUUUUAAAAACAAACAGACACACCCUUUAGCUAGCAACUUUCAACUGAGCCCUGUUAGAGACCAAGUUUAACUUCAGGCAUGGGUUUGUUUACCACUCCCCGGAAGAAAAUACAGUUAGACCACUUUAAGUUUAUAUUUUCUGACCGUUGUUAAGAAACUGUGUGAAAUUAAAUCUAUAAGUAGACAUACAACUCACGCUUUCCUAUUUCUGUAACUAAUUCAAUUUGUUCAGUGUAUUUAUGAAGGACAUGUUCUAAGGUAGAGACAAAAUGUACGUGAUGGGUAAAAUGGGGUAGUUUUGGAUAACCAUUCCCAUCCCUUUCCUUCUGGUUGGGGAGGCCUUUCCUUCAUUGGCUCUCUUCGUGUGUCAUGCCGGUCAUUGCUGUUUAGGCAGGUAGGAUGUGACGUGAACAGUGACAAGCAUCUUGUAACCCUUUUAGGUCUGCGAGGUCACCCACUCCCAGCAUCCCAUGAUCGGAAUUCAUGUAGCAUGAAAACACAGUCUGUGACUCUUUUUCCCAAGUGACUCUAUUAAGCAUCCCUGAGAUGUUCCUCCAGGGUAGGGAUUACGGAUUAGUGUCCUUGUCCUCUCUGGUGUAAUCUGGACGGCGACCGGACCUACCUAGGGAUGAGUUAACCUGGUCCUCAGAUCCAGCUGUGACUCAUUAGUCAUACUGGUGGGGGGACAGAGACAAGUAGGCAGCGCCUACUUUGACCUCUAUCCCUCACUUCUGCCUUUUUGGCCACCUGGGCUCUGUUCCCUAGAGAUGAUGUCUCUUUCCAAGAAGCGAUCUGUUUCCUAGCUCUGUGCUUCCAAACGCAGGGUGUCUGUAGGCCACUGUAUCCUGGCAUCCUGUUCCCAGGCCUCCAGACGCCCUGCAAGCUUCCCUUCUUCUCUGAGCUGCACUGACCUCCUCUAGCCCAGCAAGGGGCUUUUCUGCUCACAGGCUACGUGCUGAGCUCAGGAGCCUGCGGACUGGGGCUUUUCAUAGACUAGCUCUCUUGAAGGGACAGACCAUAGCCAGUCCCUCUGGGGCAGGGUGUCUCUGGCUGAUACUGUGUUUCCUGGCAGACAGACAGGCGGCAGCAUGUCUUGGAACCAGGUUCUGCUGUAACCAGGAGAGCCUGGAGGGUUGUCCAUUCAGACCCCAGGCUCGCCUGACUCUGGAAAGGGGACUCUUCUAGGCGAGGGUCAUCAGGGAUGACCCUUGGGGCCAAGGGACAAGGCUGGAGUCCCCGGGGAAGGGUGAAUGCGGGUCUGCCACCCAAGACCAGGCAGUCUCUCUGGGAGCUGUCUCUCUGGGAGCUGGCUGGUGCAUUCAUAAGCCACUGACCAUACAGUGUGGGAACAUUCUAGAAAUCAGUGGGGUUGGAGGACAAGGGCCGAAUGGAUGGGGUGCUUCUGGUUUUAUCAGAAAGGUUGGAGAUUUGGGAGUUUAUUUUAGAGUUUACCACACCGCUUGGUAGGAGAAAAAGCCUUCUCUAUCUCUUCUCCAAAUAGUUUCUUCGAGCUGGGGGGACCUUUUGAUUCAUAGAAGAAAAUUUGUUUCUGUGCUAAACAACUUGAAGAAUUUCUGCUGGAAACUGCUAGUGGUUUUUUUUUUUUUUUUUUUUUUUUUUUUAUGUUAUUUCACGUGCUCUCUUGCCUUUUAUUUUAUGUUGCCUGCCUUCUCUUUCCGAGGGUGGAGAUGAACGUUCCUGCAGACAGGAGCACUGUGGAAUGGAUGCCGGCACAGUCUAGAGGAAGCAGGGUCAUUCCCAGCGUGAGGUGAAUGUGAGGUUGGCCGAGGGUCUGCUCACUCCAGGUGGGCCUGCUCUCUAAGUUAGAGCCUCCUGGGCCGGAAGGUGAGGUGAGGGAAACUGGGGAUCCCGGAUGUUCCUUCUUUGUUUCCAGUAUAGGAACUUGAGUUCCUACUAGGGAAGAGCAUAGUUGGUGGUACCAGAAGCCAGUGACGAAGUGAAGCCCUCAGACGCUGUGUUCGGAGCUACCCUAUGAGGUAUUCGGUCAAAGUUACACCUGGAAGGUGUCACCACCUUCUCUUCCUGCCCUGAGGUGCUGACAUGCCUCUUCCUGCGGGGAAGUUGGGUCAGCAGCCAACACUCUCCUGGCAGUGCCCUGAGUCAUGCCUUGUGCGGGCUGUUUCAUAUCCUGUAAAUCAAGUUGGCCUGUUGAUUGUACUUGGAAAAUGGCUGUUUAUUUGAGUGAGAGGAAAGGUAGAACUUUCCUUUUAUGGCGUCAGAUCCAGGAUGUGUUUGUAGGUCAUGGAGCUCAAUUAAGGUACAUCACCUGAUGUCUGCAGGAGCUAGGAUAUCUUCCUGAUAAGCAUGGAAAUCUUCCUCCAAGGGAAGGCUAGAAACGUCUAACAGGUCUCUCUCGGGAGGAUUGAAACCCAGAUUCCCCCACGUUGGAAGGUCUUAGCUCUGGGUUGUGAUCUCUUAGUAGCAAUGCUAGUAGCAUACUAUUCGGAUUCGGGAAGUCCCCAUGCUGUUCCAGGCCUCUGUCUUAGGGGACUGGGAGGUGGACUAGAGAGGUUUGCCUCUGUGGUAUCUGUGGUCUAGUUGUGGAUCUGAUGUUAUGUUAUUUAAAUGACACCCAGUGCUUGUAAAAAUUCAUCUCCGCCUCUAAAUAAUUGCAUCAGUGACAGGCAGAUCAGUUCCUCCAUGUAGAGGAACCCUCUUGCUCUGACUUUUGGGGACCCCAUGUGUGGUUGUUGUAUUUCAGGGCAAAUCUGCCCCUACUGUAUGUCAGGGGUUUUGUGAGUUUGUUUUUAAUAGGAUUCCGUUCUACUUUCUAUACCAGCUUCUAGUGUUACUGUCAUUUGAAUAGUGUGACUAUUUUAGUAUUCAAAGCCCACCAAGUAAGACUGUUCAGAAGUGGGCUCGUUUGGUCAACCUUGAAAAAAAAAAUGGAGCGUUUCUCUGCUCUUUCCUGAGAACUAACCAGUAACCAGGGUUUCUUUUUACUCAGUGGGAGGAGUAGAGAUUUUUUUCUCCUAGGAACACUGGUUUUGUACUUUCAUCCUUUAAAAAAAUAACAUUCCUGUGUGGCUGAGUUUCUAAAGCUCUAUUUCUCUGCAUUUCGCCUCUUAUGCUCAAAUGGCUUGCUUCCUCCUGUUUCUCUAUCUAAAAAGAAGGGGGGCCCUCGGGAUGAGCGUCAUCCGGGGAACCGGAGAAGGUGGGGAGGCUCGGCGGCGUGUGGGGGAGGAGCCCGCGGCUUCCCUUCUCCCCACUGUCGCCGCCAGGGGGCGAUCUCCCUCCUGGAAACCGGCGGGUCGCGCGGGGGGGGCUCCCGGGUUCUGGCUCCACGGGCUGUGGAGUAAAUCCCGGGGCCAGACCGAGGGUGGUGAGAAGAGGGCAAGAGUUGGUGGCAGGCGUGGGCAGGGGUCUCAGCGCCCCCGGGGUACCUGGUGACCCUUUGCCGCUCCGUGGUGCCGGGGCUGGUCGUGGGGUGGGGGGAGGCCUUCAGCUUUCGCAUCUGCUUUGUGAAAGUCCCUGAGACUCGGCUCCCCGGGGUUCUCGGGUGGCAGUUGGAGGCCCCCCCGUCCCCCCAAGGAGGCGUCCUCUCCCACGAAGGUUCUAGGAGUCAGGUCUUUACUGGGACUGGAGAACAGUCUCUCCAGGAGACCAGGACUUCCUGGAAUUCAGACGCAGAGCACUGGUGGGGGACACAGAAGCUCACUGUGCGGGGUGUGUACGGGGUGUGUGUGUGAGUGCAUGAGUGUGUGUGAAUGUGUGGUAUACGUGCGGCAGUGUCUGUGGUAUAUGAUUGUGUGUGUGUGUGGUCUGUGGUAUAUGUGGUAUGUGUGUGAGUCUGUGGGGUGUGUGUGGUGUGUGAGGAGAGUAUGAGCGUGAGUGUGUGACAGUAUCGGUAGUGUGAGUGUGUGGUGUGUGACGGUGUGUGGUGUGUGUGUGUGAGAGGGCUGUGUGUGGUCUGCGAGAGGAGAGUAUGAGCGUGAGUGUGUGGUGUGUGUAAAUGUAUAUGGUAUGUAUGUGAGAGGGUGUGUGGUUUGUUGCGAGUGUGUAGGAGUGUGUGGUGUGUGAGAGUAUGAGUGUGUUUGGUGUGUGAGUGUGUGGUACGUGAGAGGAUAGCAUGAGUGUGAGACUGUGGUGUGUGUGAGGUGUGCUCUGUGUGUGCGCGUGGUGUGUGAGACGGUGUGUAAAUGUGUGUGCUGUGUGUGAUCUGUGUGUGUGGUGUGCAUGCGAUACAUAGGUGGGGUGUGUGUGUGUCACUAGGAGAAAUGAAGAUACGUGGAUUGAACAAGGGAACAGAUGGGUCCGACAGUCCGUCGGCGCAUUCAGGCCCCAUGAAAAAUACAACAUGAAAAUCUGAAGCCCCUUAUUGAAAAUUAUGACGAAUUUGGAGGCGGUGACAGCAGAGAAUUAAACUAAGUGUGGGCCCUUCUAAGCACACAGUCCCCCGCGAUGGCAUAGAUCACACCCCCAGGAAGCUGGCCCUGGGCCCGCUGGGUUUUCAGUUGGUCUUGGAGCGGGUGCGGCUUUGUCUUCUGUCUUCUUUGGAAAGUCUCCUGGCAGGUUGUGGGGAGCUGGGUGCCAGUGCUUUUGAAAAUGUCUGCUUUAAUUUCACAGAAGCACAGAUGGUCUAGGCUAAUCAGAGGGUACAAGACCCGAGCCCCUCGGUGACAGCUGCGCCCCAGGGCCAGAAAGGGAGUCACCUGUCCAUCUCUUGGCCCAUCUGCGAGGGCCUGCCACAAGGUGCCCAGAGGCCUAAGAGCCUCUAACCCACUGAUUUGAAAUGAAAUCCUUCCUUUUGAUCUUCAGUUGGCCACUUCCUUUUGAUCUUCAGUUCCCCUUUUCUAGUAGGACAGAGAGGCUUUCUGAGCCUCUGCCUUCAAAGGACCAUCCAGGGGAGAGUCAGGAGAAGCAGGGAGGCCAGGGGGAAGGGCUCAUGUCCCUUCCCCAGGGACUGGACGCUGCUUGGUCCAAGGCCAUCUCUUGGAGAGAGAGCUGCAGGGUCCCGGGCAACUUCCAGUCAGGGCUUCCCGGCUGGGUCGCAUGGAUAGUUUUGGAGCCUGGAGAGGUCAGGAAAGAGGAGAAAACCCACUGUGUGAGCAGCCUCAAGUUGUAGAAACUUCUUGAGGCGGACGAUCUUGGACUCGAUCCUCCCGCCAUGCACCUGCUGUGAGUUUCUUUCACAAAGCAGCUUCUCGCUUCUUUGUCUUGCACUGGGUCCGACCCUCCAAAACCUUUGUGGUUCUGCUGGUUCUUGUCAAAUCAGUCUAAUUUCUACACACACAGAGCAAUAAUCCUCUCUGUUUCCCAGUUCUGUCCUGGGAUUAGAAAGCUUGCUAAGUAAAAAUGUUGACAGAAAGUUGCACAGACAUUGCAAAUUCAUCCUUGUGGAAGUGACUGCCUCGCUUUGAAGGAAAUAGCAAAUUCUAGCUUUGUUUCGCCACGUAAUGCAGUCUUCCACAUUCCUGAAAGCUCGGAAAAUAUCUCCCGGAGGCAUUGACUUAGCAUUGUGCUGGCAUCAUAUUUCUCGAACGAACGUGUUGAUGGGCAUUUUACCAAUCAGCGUCCUUCAAACGUUAUUGCUAGAUAGUCACGUGUCAGAAGGCAGAUAUGCUGGCAGGAUCUUUGAUAAUGAUAUUUAUUUGUACACAUGCGUUUAAAACACACAUUGCCAAUAGUCCAAGUGUCUUUGAACUGUGAAGCCAACUUCAGGUGAUGUCAGCUGAAACCCAGCUAUCUGAAGUCCAAAACCUCCUGGCCCCCUCCUCCCCACUCUGCGUAGAUCGGGAAGUUGGCAAGCAUGUAACUCAUGUUGUAUUGCCUUAGCUACAUUAGCUUUGUACCCUCACAUCUACAGGUGGUCAGCGUAUGUGUAAAUACAUGUAUAUACGUGAGAAAUCUACAACAACAACAGCAACAAAAUGUCCUGUGUAUGAUAAUCGGCUCUUGGCAUCUGGUUUUCUGCAUUUGGUAGUUUCUGGCUAAGAAAAAUGCAGAAUUCCACCACAUAAUAUGAAAAAGUUAUGCUCCUAAAAAGGUUUGUCUUGAAAUCUCUGCUGUGUGUUUUUGGGAAUGUCCUUAACUAAAUGUACAUAUGGUAUGGAAGAGGCUAUGCCGGUCAAUGUUGCAUAAACUAACACAGAUUCUGUAGUCGAAAUAUUUAACUUGUUAUUGUAAAAUGUGAUUUGUCAUUGAGAGAUUAUUUUUCUGUAUGUAUAUGAGAGUAUUUUAGGAAUCUAAUUUAAGUGCAUAGAACUAUAGAAAAAAAAAAUAAAAACCUAUUCCAGGAGUAGAAAAUGCUUAAUCAGAUUACUUGGGUUCAGCCCAACUAAAUUUCUUAUAUUCAAAAGAAAAUAUGAAUUGCAUAUGUUAGAUAUUCAAAGAAGUCAUUUUUGGGGACAGAGAAUAUGAUUAAUGGAAGUGAAAGGGGUGGUGUGAAAAAAUGACAAGCAUCCUUUAGCUACGACCUCAGAUGGGACCUUGGUGUUUCAUUAAAAACUGAUUUGAGCAGGUAACAUUCUGGAGGGCUUUGUAUCAGGAAGUGACAAGAGGACUGAGAGCCUGUUUCCCAUCAGAUCCAUGUACUACAGAGGCUUCUAGAAGUUCUGGAAGUUUGGUCAGGUAUUCAAGACUGAACCAAACACCCUUCUAGAGAGUUCAGAACAUGAAGGGAGGUGCCCUGCCCCUGGCUUCCAGAUCACCCUUUACAGCUCUCUUUCUGGAUAGAUUGCACAUAUCCCUUUGGUGUUCGUGUUUUCAGUGAAAUUUCCUGGGGCAUCUUCACCAUCUCCACCUGUUGCAUAGCUGGGUGGGUUGGAGAAUGAAGCGUGCACAGCAGCCUCCUUACGUGCCUGUGUCCCUCACGGAGAUCCCAGGGGCAAGAGGCCUUCCUUAUCUUCCCAGAAAAGGAUCAGAAGUCCAGGCUGAUUCUAGGGGACAGACUGGCCACCAGGAAUGUCCCUGCGGGCCCCCUGUGGAAAGAUGGGAGUACAUGGUCCCAUGAAACUCAAUGUCUAAACCCCCGAGAGACAUAUUCGGUAGUCAUUUCUGGAGGUGGCUGGACUUCCCUGAUCGGAAGUGAUGCAGUGGAGACAAUAGCUAGUUUCUGGGAAGAUGGGGCCCUGCGUCUGGGUCCCUGCCAUGGAGAGUGUAGGGCUGUGUGUGGGGGGUGUGAGCUUGGGUUUUCAAGAGGUCUUUCAGCAGUUAGCUGUGUGCUUCUUGAUGCUACUAGCUGAUGGUUGGAGUCCCUUAUUGAUAAGCCUGAAGACUGGGGGACACUGGAGUCCAUGGGAUUUCCUAGACUUCAGGGGGUGCUGAUUCUGGAAUCUGUGAGUCAUAGAAGGAAACUGCAAAUCACCGUGAGGAACUAUGUGGAUGUAAGUGACUCUGGUCCCAAAGAUGGAGCCAUUCAGAGAUCUUGUUCAAACUCGGCCUGAGGAGCCCAAUCCCAGGCCAGCCAGCAGAACCAGAUGAGCUCUGGUCCAUUCUGCCCAGCACGGGGGCUGACCCUCCUCAGCACCAUGCCCUCUUGGCUGGGGCAGCAAUAGGGCUGUGAGUGGGAACGAGUCAGUCAGUCAGUACCUUUCAGGCCCUAGUUGUCUUGAAAACUUGGGGGACAGGAGAAGCCAGAGCAUGAAGGUCCUGCCCAGCAGUGCUUACAAGCCACUCUGGUUAGCCUUUACCUGUUUGGAAAAGAAUGUAUCAGUCUGAAUGAGUCCCUUGUGUUUCCAGUGACAAAUGGGUCAUAGUGCUGGUGGCAUGUCGCUCCCCUCACAACCCUUCCCUGGUAGGGGUGGGGGUGGAGGUGAGACCAAUCCCCCCCCACCCCGCCAUGGAUGUCCUGUUGACUGUAAUAUACUUCUGUUGCCAAAUAAUGGUACUAUUUAACUUUCCAUGGAAGGGAGACUAUAUUGUCUGAUAUGUAAUGUCUAUGGAGUUCUAAACAUUAUUAGACUCUAUCAUAAAUUGUAGAAUUAUGUGUAUCUGUCUAAGGUUUGAUGAAGCAGGGCCAAAACACGAGGUCGCUUUUUUCGUUUGUUGAAAAGAAGAUGAGGUUAUUUCUGCUAUUUGAGUGUCCCUUCGGCACCUUAUUGUGUAUGCAAUGUUCAAUUUUGCCGACUCAGCCUAUGGUAACUGAUUUUUUUCCCUUAAACCAGUAGCGACAUCGGUACAGUUUGCUAUUCCUGUGUAUCUUGAACCUAAAAAGAACAAUCUCUUCAAAACAGCUCUGUGUUCAUUUUGACCUGGAUGGUUUAAAUUCACAUGGUUCAUGAAUAAAGUGAGAAAGCCAACCCUG